AUGAGGGCAAUUAAAUUUGUAUGUACGUACUUUUUUUAUAUUUCAGUGACAACAUCUCCAAGUCAAGCAUUUUGUCGAAGUACAUUUCAAAACUUUCAAAACAAGUAUUUGCCAUCUUGCAAACUCGAGUGGAAAGAUCUUCAAACAAUUGAGAACACAGUGAUUGUAAUUUGCGUGAGAACGUCUCGCCUAGAAGAUGACAUAACAGAAACGCUGAAUUCUUUCAAAAUUACAGGUCAACCCAAAAUAAUGCUUAUUGUAAUGCACUAUUGUGAACGUGACAUAGAGCCGGAAAACCUUCUAACAGAAAAUAGAGAUAGCAGGGUUUCUUCUUUUGCUAAUAUUGUAUAUAGCGAUUCCGAACAAUGUUACGACUGUCAUAUCAACAGUAAGGCCGUGAAAGCCAUCAAAGACUUUAUAAGAAGUAAUUGAUGAAAUGAGCAAAUUAUGUAUUACUUAAUCAGACUGGUAACUACAUGUACAUCAUAUAAAACUUUGUGAAGACUAAUCAUAUAAAAGAAAUACAACUUUAUUUUAUUAACUACGUUUCAUAUCAAAUAGUAACAAAAUACCUUUAUAGA